CAAAAUUCCAUCAAGGGGGGGUAAGCAAUUUAUUAAGGCAAUUACAGCAUUACACAGCAAAUAAAACCAUAAACAGCAGUCGACAACAGACUCAGUAAUCCCCAACAUGUGGAAAAUCUUAAAUUUCUUAGCUAAAAUCUCAUUGUUAACCCCUUCAGGAUGUACUAAUUUAACUUCAUUACCUUCUUGCUUAGCGCCGGUGCUUAAGCACUCCUGGAGCUGGAUCUACUUCUGCUCCACCCCAACUGAAGACUCUUUAAGAUUGACUGCAUUAAUCCAUCAAGAAAUCAACUGCCCUAUAGCAAUCUGGAGCUCUAAUAGCACCAAACAAGAGGAAAUACUACUAAAGCACUUCAGACAAGUGAAUUUCGAAUAUACCAACGUACUGGUGACAACUCAAGCAGACUUUGAAGCAUUUAGAGCGCUGAUGAACAAAGAAAUUGAACAGAAACACAUUAAAAGGGGAGACUACGUCAUUGUGGCAAGAAUAUCUUGUGAUUCAUCCGAACAGUCCUCGGUGCUGGUGCAAGGGUACAGACUUACAGCAGGCCCUGAAUCUCUACAGCCAAAAGACACCACCAAGAUAUUUAAUAUAAAAAAAAGCUGCCUGCAACAGUUUAAAAUAUCAAAUAAAAUAUAUAAGAGGGUUGUUUUAAUUACGACCCAAAGGACGUCCAUCAGCAAAGGGUUGAUGUGGUCCAAACACCCUCCAAAGGCAUCGUACGGGCGAGAUUUUAGGGAUUUUUGGUUGCUUCGGUUCGUGUUUCAAUAUUUAAGGAUCCGUUAUAAAUAUCUGGAUAAUUCGGAUGUAGACACUGGCGCAGACGACUCAAAUAGCAACACCGGGGCUGCUUUUGAUCAAGUUUAUCAAGGGAAGGCGGAUAUGAGUGGGAAUAGUCGAAUUUUUGUUUGGAGUAACUAUAGCGAACGUCUGGUAGACAAUGUGCAUCCCAUAAGCAGAGACGACGUGGUCAUCUUGCUACCCAUCAACAUGAAAAUCAGCAGCACGUCCACCUUCUUUUACAUAUCACUUGCGCAUGCUCUCUUCAUAUUGCUGACGAUCUUUUGCAUUACCUUUCUGUACAUUUACCUGAAGUUAUUCUCCAUAAGUUCCCCGUGUAUGACCGCUCACUUAAUAUUCGUUUCCGUUACGACCGGUCAAUCGUUUAAAGAAUUGAAAAUCAAGUACUUUCGACUAGUGUUCGCCAGCCUGUUGAUGUUCGUCUUUUUUAUCACGACUGUGUUCACUUAUCAGCUGUACUCCGAGUUCGCGAUCAACAAACGAGUACCGAAAAUAAACUCCAUAGAAGAUUUCGUUGCUACCGAUUUGAAAAUCUACGCUAGAAACGGAAUUCGUUCGAAGAUCAAGCACAGUCUUAAAGGUGAUCCCGUUUAUAAGAAAAUCAUCCCUAGAAUUGUCAAAUUGAAUGCCAGUCUGGACGAUAUUGCCGAGGAGGUGAAGUACCUACGGGGCUGUUAUCCGUACGCCAUCCUUUGUAGAGAGAGCACUUUACACUUCUACAGGCACGACGUAAGGAACUUUUGUUAUUACAAACUACCACAAUCCCUGAUGCCCUCCUUAUCAACGUUUAUGAUUGGAUACAAGCACCCGCUACUACAGAAGAUCAACGAGGCCCUAAUCAUUAUACGGGACACGGGACUUAUGACGAAGUUUUACCGCAGCAGUUCCACAAAACGUGACGAGAACAUGCGGAGCAUCAAGAUGCGUUUUAUGGUUUUAACGUUGAAAUCGACGAGGCCCGUUUGGUUCAUCUACUUCGGGGGGUUAUGUGUGGCCACUGGGGUGUUUAUAGUCGAAAUAGUUUUGAAAAAAAUGCAGAUUUUGUAUAAACGUUAUCUUAUGUCUAUUAGCGGACCUUUUUUCCCAAAAACUACCUGA